AUAUACUAGUACGCACUUGAAGUGAUAGAGAGAUAAGAAAGAGAGAGAGAGAGAGAGAGAGAGAGAGAGAGAGAGAGAAUGAGCUUGGUUUUCGCCAUUAAUGGACAAAGGUUCGAGCUUGAACUCUCGUCCGUGGACCCUUCAACAACUCUGUUAGAGUUCCUCCGCUACCAGACUCCUUUCAAGAGCGUCAAGCUCAGCUGCGGCGAAGGAGGAUGUGGUGCUUGUGUUGUUCUCCUCUCCAAAUACGAUCCUAUUCUCAAAAGCGUGGAAGACUUCACAGUCAGCUCUUGCCUCACACUCCUCUGCAGCGUAAACCAUUGCAGCAUCACAACAUCAGAAGGACUUGGAAACAGCAGAGACGGUUUCCAUUCCAUUCACAAUCGGUUCUCCGGUUUUCACGCCUCUCAGUGUGGUUUCUGCACACCGGGAAUGUCUGUUUCUCUCUUCUCUGCUCUCUUAGACUCUAAAUCUUCUGCCUCUGAGUUUACAGCUGUUGAAGCAGAGAAAGCUGUCUCCGGGAACUUGUGUCGGUGUACCGGAUACCGUCCAAUCAUUGAUGCUUGCAAGAGCUUUGCUUCUGAUGUAGACAUUGAGGAUCUUGGCUUCAACUCUUUCUGUAAGAAAACUAGCUUGCCUCGCUUUGAUAGUGAGAAGCGUGUCUGUACGUUUCCAGAGUUUCUCAAGGAUGGUGAGAUUAAGUGUAUUGAUUCUGGAACGCUUAAAUGGUGUAGCCCGGAGAGUGUUGAGGAGCUUCAAAUUAUAGUGGGAGCUUGUAAGGCUAACAGUGAUGUAGUUUCUAUGAAGCUAGUUGCUGGUAAUACUAGCACAGGAUACUACAAGGAUGAAAAGGAGGGGAGUUACGAUAAAUACGUGGACCUUACUCGAAUAGCCGAGAUGAGAGAGAUAAGAGAAAGUCACAAUGGGGUUGAGAUAGGAGCUGUGGCAACAAUAUCUAAAGUGAUUGCUGCUCUAAAAGAGAUUCACAUGUUUGGGAAGCUCGCUGCUCAUAUGGAGAAGAUCGCUGCCAGGUUUAUCAGGAACUUUGCCAGCAUUGGAGGAAACCUUGUAAUGGCUCAGAGGAAAAACUUUCCUUCUGACAUUGCCACUAUACUUGUUGCAGCUGGGGCAUCGGUUAACACUAUGAGCUUGUCGAGAGGACUGGAGAAGGUAACACUUGAACAGUUUCUCCAGGGACCUCCUCUUGAUGCUUAUGAUCUGGUUUUGAGUAUCGAAAUACCGUUUUGGCAUCAUGAAGGAAACUCUGGAGAUGUGGUCUUUGAAACCUACAGAGCAGCACCUCGUCCGCUGGGAAGCGCUCUGGCUUACUUGAAUGCUGCUUUCCUAGCUCAAGUGAAUUUGGAUACAAAGGAGAUUAUUAACUGUCGGCUGGCCUUUGGAGCUUACGGGACCAAACACGCCAUUAGGUGUAAGGAAGUUGAGGAGUUUCUCUCUGGGAAAGUAGUUACUGACAAUGUUCUCUAUGAAGCUAUUACCUUACUUGGCAAGAUCGUUAAGCCACAAGAGGGUACAAGCAAUCCUGCUUAUAGAUCAAGCUUAGCUCAAGGCUUUCUUUUCAACUUCUUUCACUCCUUAGAGAAACCUGGGCACCACUUGGAUCAGCCAAUGCUGUCUUCUUCACAACAUGUUCCAAUAGACAAAGAAUUUUAUCCGGUUGGUGAUCCUGCUACUAAAUCUGGAGCAUCACUUCAAGCUUCUGGGGAGGCUGUUUAUGUGGAUGACAUUCCAGCGCCCACAAACUGCCUCUAUGGAGCUUUCAUCUACAGCACAAAGCCAUCGGCUAAGUUGAAAGGUAUUCGUUUCAAGGAUAACUCGGUACCUGAUGGAGUGGUUGCCGUCAUUUCUUGCGAGGAUGUUCCUAAAAGUGGAAAGAAUGUGGGUUUUAAGUUUGCGUCUUUCACUGAGCCCUUAUUUGCAGAUGAGUUAACCCUUCAUGUUGGCCAAUGCAUCGCACUCGUGGUUGCGGAUACGCAGAGGCAUGCAGAUACUGCAGCUAAUCUUGCAGUAGUUGAUUACGAAACAGAGGAUAUGGAACCACCAAUCUUGUCUGUGGAAGAGGCUGUUAAGAAAUCUAGCAUGUUUGAGAUUUAUCCUUUCUUAUAUCCACAACAAGUUGGAGACACCUUAAAAGGAAUGUCCGAAGCUGAUCAUCAAAUUCUCAGCUCCCAAAUAAGACUUGGGUCGCAAUACUUCUUCUACAUGGAGACGCAAACAGCUCUUGCAGUGCCAGAUGAAGACAACUCCAUUGUAGUCUAUAGUUCAUGUCAGAUCCCUCAGUACGUACACUCCACGGUCGCUACUUGCCUAGGCAUCCCUGAAAACAAGGUCCGCGUCAUAGCCAGACGUGUCGGUGGAGGCUUUGGAGGAAAAGCUGUCAAAGCAAUGCCGGUUGCAGCAGCGUGCGCUGUUGCUGCUAAUAAACUGCAGCGUCCUGUGCGGACAUAUGUAAACCGUAAGACCGAUAUGAUCAUGACUGGUGGGAGGCAUCCAAUGAAGAUAACCUACAGCGUUGGAUUCAAAUCCACAGGGAAGAUCACAGCUUUGAAGCUAGAAAUACUAAUUGAUGCAGGAGCAACUCUUGGUCUUAGCAUAUUGAUGCCAUCGAAUAUCAUUGGGGCGUUGAAGAAGUACAAUUGGGGAGCCAUAUCUUUUGACAUCAAACUUUGCAAAACGAACCUGGUAAGUAAAGCAAUCAUGAGAGCACCAGGGGAUGUUCAGGGUACCUAUAUCGCCGAAGCCAUUAUAGAAAAUGUAGCUUCUAGCCUCUCCUUGGAGGCUGAUACCAUAAGAAAUAUUAAUCUCCAUACAUAUGAGAGCUUAGCUCUCUUCUACAAGGAUGCUGCUGGUGAGCCACAUGAGUAUACUUUGUCUUCCAUGUGGGAUAAGCUGGGUGUAUCUUCCAACUUUGAAGAGCGGGUUUCGAUUGUCCGAAUGUUCAACGAGUUUAACAUAUGGAGAAAACGAGGGAUAUCUCGAGUUCCAAUCAUUUAUCCGGUUUCCAUGUUUGCAACUCCAGGGAGAGUAAGCGUUUUGAGCGAUGGAACAAUAGUCGUUGAGGUUGGUGGGAUCGAGCUAGGACAAGGUUUAUGGACAAAGGUGAAGCAAAUGACUAGCUAUGCUCUUGGUUUGCUCAAAUGUGGUGCAACUGAAGAGCUACUGGAUAAGAUAAGAGUUGUACAAUCAGAUACAUUGAGUAUGGUCCAAGGAAACUUUACAGGAGGUAGCACAACAUCUGAGGGAAGCUGCGCAGCUGUUCGUCUCUGCUGCGAAACCUUAGUCAAGAGAUUGAAACCUCUAAUGGAGAAAUCGGAUGGUCCCAUCAGCUGGAACAAGUUGAUUUCUCAGGCAUAUGCUCAGUCAGUGAACUUAUCAGCUAGUGACUUGUAUACUCCAGAAGAAAAACCCACAAAGUACCUGAACUAUGGUGUUGCAGUUAGCGAGGUUGAGGUAGACCUUUUGACCGGACAUACCACGGUUCUACAGACAGAUAUCUUAUAUGACUCCGGAAAAAGCCUCAAUCCGGCUGUCGAUUUAGGACAGAUUGAAGGAGCUUUUGUGCAAGGACUUGGUUUUUUCAUGCUUGAAGAGUACAUAACCGAUUCAGAAGGACUCCUUGUGACAGACAGCACAUGGACAUACAAGAUACCGACUGUAGACACCAUCCCAAGACAGUUCAACGUUGAGAUGAUGAAUAGUGGACGCCAUGAAAAGCGUGUACUCUCUUCUAAAGCUUCAGGAGAGCCUCCUUUGCUACUGGCAGCUUCGGUGCACUGCGCUACAAGAGAGGCGAUUAAAGAAGCGCGGAAACAGCUAAGGAUGUGGAAGGGUGAGGAUGGUCCGAGUUUAAUGUUUCAGUUGCCAGUUCCAGCUUCAAUGCCCGUUGUCAAGGAGCUUUGUGGUCUAGACAUAGUUGAGAGCUAUUUGGAAUGGAAAUCCCUAGUUAACUCGAGUUUAUGAGUUAAACAGAAAAUUUUAUAUGUUUCUAAGUUUAAGACGGAUAUAAUUAUCUUAUACUUGCUUAAUAAUACAUGUGUUAUUAAUUCAAA